ACGAUCGCAGCGCAUGGGCAACGCAAAUUGACGGCAAAGAAAAGCCAUGAUAAGACGUUAGAAUCGCCACCAUGGAUACAAUUGACAGCACGGCGGUGAAGCUCACCGAGCUCCUCCGGCACCCCGAAGACCUCGACAAGAUCCCCGCCCUCAAAUCCGAGUUCACGCGCAAGAAGGCCGCCUUCGACUCCCAGCUGCGGAUUGGCCUCAAGGAGCAAUUGGAGGUCACGCAGGCGGGGAUGAAUAAUAUCACGGAUGGCCAGCGUACGGUUCAGGCGAUCAAGGAGGAGAUGAUGAAGAUUGACAAGCUGUGCGCGGAGGCGCAGGAUAUGAUCCAUGAUUUCCCCAACAUCAAUCUCGUCUCGCAAACACAUCGGAACUUUAGUGCGGUGGAGGAGAUGAUGCAGAAUCUGGAGGGGUUUAAGGAGAGGUUGGAUCGUGUGGGGUACAUGUUGCAGCAGGACGAGGAGGACGAGGAGAAUAUGCCGAAUCUGCUGAAUGUUCAUUAUGAGCUGACUAGGCUAAGGAAUAUUCGCGAUGAUGCUAUGGAGCAGAUUCAGAGGGCCGAGGAUGCGAGUUUUCAGGGAGACUUGGAGACGCUAUUUGGGGACUUGGAUGAUAUCAUUGAGAUGUUUGAUGAGCAUAUUGGCAAGAUUGCGCUGAAUCUUAUCAAUAUCCUGAUCAGUGGGAAUAACGCUAUGGUGGUGCGGCUUGCGGUUAUUAUCGAGGCGGAAGAGAAGAGCGAUAAGAUGGUGAUUGCUUUACAAGAGGCGCUGAAGGACCACAAGGAGAUUGCCGCCAGGUUUCAGGGCAUUACGGAUGGAGCGAAACAGACCAGAGGGUACAAGGACAAGUUCUUGCAGGCAAUCCGGAUACACGCCGAGCAGAAUAUGUCAGAGAGCCAAGAGACAUUCCUCGACGAUUCGACAAAGAUUGAGAAGAGCAUGCGUUGGUUCUUCAAUGACCUAAAUGCCGUCAAACAGGGCAUGGUUCCCCUAAUGCCGAAGAAAUGGAAGAUCUUCCAGACAUACGGCAAGAUCUACCACAGCGUAAUGCACGACUUCCUCAUCGGAAUGGUGGACGACCCCGAGACCAGCUCCUCCCAUAUGCUCGCCAUCCUCAACUGGCCAGAGAAGUACUACGUCAAGAUGCAAAAGCUCGGCUUCCGCGCCGACGAGCUGAGCCCUCACGUCAUCGACUCUCGUGAAACGGAACUUGUGAAGGACUUCCGCCAGCUCAUCAUCCGCUUCCUCGAUGAGUGGAUCAGCCGCAUCGCGCAGUCCGAGAAGCGCGACUUUGCUGACCGCAGCACUGAUGGCGCAAACCUCGAUACCGAUGAGUUUGGCUACUUCCGUACUCGCAAUCUUGUCGAUCUGUGGCGCAUGCUGCGCGAGCAGACUGAUGCCGCAGGUAACAGCGAGCGCACCGACGUCGUAGAAGGUGUUAUCGACACCAUGUUCCAGCGCCUCAAGACGCGCCAGGUCGCAUGGCAGAAGAUGCUCGAUGACGAAGCGGACAAAUACACUGGCGCAAAUCCCGACAUGGAAGGUUUCCAAGCUCUACAAGAUUGGCUCGUAGCAACCGCCAACGACCAAAUCGCCUGUAUAGACGACAACGAAGAAGCCGGCCGCUUCGGCUACCUCACCUCCUUUCGCGAGAAGCUCGCCCCCCUCGUCUCCUCCGCCUACCUCUCCCACGCCGACGCCGAAAUCGCCUCCCUCCGCGACGGCUACGUCGACCUCUCCACACACUGCAUCUCCACCUUCGCGCAACUAAUCCUCCGCGUCGACUUCCGCACCGUGAUGCCCGAAUUCUUCACGCCGAAAUGGUACACCACAACCGCUAUGAAGCAAAUCGUCGUCACAUUCGAAGAAUACGUCGGGGACUACAAACUCGUCCUCCACCACUCCCUCCUCGACAUCCUCAUCGAAGAAAUGUCCGACGCCCUCCUCGUCGCCUACCUCGGCUGCGUCCGCAACCGCGGCGCCAAGUUCCGCCGCCAGGAGCCCUUCCAAGAUAAGCUCUUCGAGGACGUCAGCACGGUGUUCGAGUUCUUCACUAGCUUCCCCAGCCCGGACGUCGCGGAUAUCAUUAAGACGAAGUGGCGCGUUACUGAGCCGUUCAGCCAGCUCCUCCUUGCGGAUAAGGCGUCCGUGCCGGAUGUGUUUGAGGGGUUUAAAACGGAUUACUGGGAUUUGCAGCUUAGUUGGGUGGAGGCGGUGUUGCGAUCGAGAGAUGAUUUCGAUAGGGCGUUGCUGAAUAGCGUUAAGGCGCGCGCGGCGCAGAUGGAGAUCAACAGGGGACAGGAAACGAUUAUGAGUAAAGUGAAAUAGAGGGAAGAGUAGUGUUAUUUUGACGGCAGCGAGGCGUUGGGGUUGGUUGGGUAGCCACGGCAGUGGCUUCGCAUUAUAGGAGUCUUGAGAUUUUGUAUACGGAGAAGUGCUUGAUCACAAAAAGCAGAUUUAUAAGUGGUUAAAUAAAUUUCUUGACAAAGC